AUGUAUCCGACUCUUGCUAUAGUAUUACAGCUGACAUUGUCAACUCUGGGAUUUGCAGCAAGCCUACCAAAUGUUGUGCUUCCAAGGCAGAACUCCCUGCGUUAUGUGGGAACCAACAUCGCCGGUUUCGACUUUGGAUGUGCCACUGAUGGCACCUGCACAACCUCCAAGGCAUAUCCUCCGCUCUCGUCACUUGGAGGAGCAGAUGGUGUCGGCCAGAUGCAACAUUUCGCCAACGACGACAAGUUCAACAUCUUCCGGCUGCCAGUAGGAUGGCAAUACCUAGUCAACAACAAUCUAGGAGGCAACCUUGACUCAGGCAACCUGGGCCGCUACGACCAGCUGGUCCAAGCCUGCCUCGCAACAGGUGCGACCUGCAUCAUCGACAUCCACAACUACGCGCGCUAUAACGGCAAGAUCAUCGGGUCUUCAGGCGGGCCCACGGACGACCAAUUCGUCAGCCUGUGGCGGCAGCUGGCGACCAAGUACGGCAGCAACUCGAAGAUGGUGUUCGGGAUCAUGAACGAGCCGCACGACCUGUCGUCCGUCGACACGUGGGUGGCCACCGUGCAGAAGGUUGUGACCGCCAUUCGCGCCGUUGCGCCGACGAGCAUGCUCCUCAUCCCCGGCAGCAGCUGGUCGUCCGCGCAGCAGCUGCCCACCGAGGCGGGGCCGGCGCUGCUCAAAGUGACUAACCCGGAUGGAUCGACGGAUAACAUCAUUUUCGAUGUUCACAAGUACCUGGACAGCGAUAACUCGGGCACGCACACUGAGUGCGUCACGAACAAUAUCGACAAUGCGUUCCAGCCGCUUGCAACCUGGCUCAGGCAGAAUAAGCGGCUGGCAAUCAACACCGAGACUGGUGGCGGGAACACUGCUAGCUGCCAGAAGUACCUGUGCGAGCAGGUCGCUUUCUUGAAGCAAAACUCGGAUGUGUUUAUUGGUAUUGUGGGCUGGUCUGCUGGUGGGUUUGACCAGACGUAUGAGUUGGUGGAGACGCCCACGCGAAAUGGGAAUGGCUGGACUGAUACCUCGCUUGUUAAGUCUUGCUUGGUGAACACUUAA